CACUCUCCGCUCCCUACCCACGUGAUCUGCUCCGUUACUUCCUGCGGCAACACUUUCGCUCGUUACUGCUGCUGCCUGUAGUCAGUCUCACCACGCGCAGCUUACUAUCACUAUAUCUAUGCCAGUCAACAACACUUCAGCCGCCCCUUUCCUUUCACUCCGACGCGAAGACUUCGGUUUAGUUUAACCACGUCGCUUAUCCUUCCUCCCGCGGUGUUUUAUUCAACCUAAGAGCUUUUCCUGAGCUUCAUAAGCUGCUUUGGGUAAGAAAAGCGCGUUUGUUGUGUGUGUAAAGGCAGCUCAGUUUCUUAGCAAUGGCGACAGCUGCGGUAUCUGCCCCUGCUGGCGGCGGCCCGAACCCCGGAUCCGGUGCCGAGAUGGUCCGCGGUCAGGCUUUCGACGUCGGGCCACGUUACACUAACCUCUCGUACAUCGGAGAAGGCGCAUACGGCAUGGUUUGCUCGGCGUAUGAUCGUGAUAAUAAAGUGCGUGUGGCGAUAAAGAAAAUCAGUCCGUUUGAGCACCAGACGUACUGUCAGCGCACACUCCGUGAGAUUAAAAUCCUGCUCCGCUUCAAGCACGAGAACAUCAUCGGCAUCAACGACAUCAACCGCACCCCAACCAUCGACCAGAUGAAAGACGUCUACAUUGUACAGGAUCUGAUGGAGACAGACUUGUACAAGCUGUUGAAGACGCAGCACUUGAGCAAUGACCACAUCUGUUACUUCCUGUACCAGAUCUUGCGUGGCCUGAAGUACAUCCACUCAGCAAACGUUCUCCACAGAGACUUGAAGCCAUCUAACCUGUUGCUCAACACUACUUGCGACCUCAAGAUCUGUGAUUUUGGGCUCGCCCGGGUGGCUGAUCCAGACCAUGACCACACUGGCUUCCUGACGGAGUAUGUAGCCACGCGUUGGUACCGCGCACCAGAGAUUAUGCUCAAUUCCAAGGGUUACACUAAGUCCAUUGAUAUAUGGUCGGUCGGUUGCAUUCUGGCUGAGAUGCUUUCGAAUAGACCCAUCUUCCCUGGAAAACACUAUCUGGACCAGCUUAACCACAUUUUAGGUAUUUUGGGCUCCCCCUCUCAGGAGGAUCUCAACUGCAUUAUCAACAUUAAGGCAAGAAAUUACCUGCUGUCACUUCCUCUCCGCUGCAAAGUGCCCUGGAACCGCCUGUUUCCUAAUGCAGACCCUAAAGCAUUGGACCUGUUGGAUAAGAUGUUGACAUUUAACCCUCAUAAGAGGAUUGAGGUGGAGGAGGCGCUGGCUCACCCGUACCUGGAACAGUACUAUGACCCCACAGAUGAGCCUGUUGCAGAGGCUCCAUUUAAGUUCGAUAUGGAGCUGGAUGACUUGCCCAAAGAGACUUUGAAAGAGCUGAUCUUUGAAGAAACUGCCCGCUUCCAACCAGGCUACAGACCAUAGCCUGUUGCACAGGUGUUGGUCUGGAUUUGAUCAUGCUGUUGCUUCUGUCUCCACUCCCCUGUGCGCUGUGGUCCUCUUUUGGUCUUCAUCGCCAUCAUCAUCAUCAUCAUCAUCAUCGUUAUCGUUAUCUCCUCCUCUUCCUAAAUCCCAAAACUACAGGCAGCCCUCAAAGUUCUUCUGACCCCAGCUGAAAACAUGGACUCCUGCUCUCUUCACCUGCUUCACUCUUACGGUCUUAUUACAAUGGAAGUGCUUCUCUCACACCCACACUCUCUCUUCCUGCCCGUCUGUGUGAAAGUUUGCCCGCGCGUGUUUGUGGACAACAUCUCGUCAAGGUUUUUGAUUCCGAUUAACCCUUUUUCUCUCAGUGCUUUGAUACACUUCAGUAAAAAAUGUCUACGAUUGUGUUAUUGUUGUGCUUCUUUCUAGCCUCCUGUUAAUAUUUCCAACAAGCUGCUUUUCUAAAGUGUCUGUAAGCCAUUUUGAAGUCUCACAGAGGUCAAACAGGGAGAGAAUGAGGGCUCAGAUCUCCUCUAUUCUUAAAUAUAUAUGCAGUGGACUCGCAUUGAUCCACAUUGUGCAUCGCCAAUUUCCUCAAAGUGCACAGAGCUCGAAAUUUGCCACGGUGCCAUUUUAAGGCUUUAAUGUAUUUUCAUAAAUGCAAAUAUGUAUUUACUAAUGACCCCUUAAAAUUUAUUAAACCUUGUUGUUGAUUUAUCAGAUUGUUUUAUAACCCCCAUAUAAGUGACUUGACUAAUAUACAUGUGUGUGAUUAAAAACCUGUAAUUAUUUAUAUACAAUAAAUUUGAUUAAAACCUGUAGGUAGUUAUAAUAUAUAAUUACACGUUUUUAAUCAACUUAUUUGUACAUUGGUUCUCAAUCAUAAACACUGAAUCACUUCUAGAAACUUUAGAAAAGACAAAUCUGUUCAUUUUGCUUAAGCACCAAAGAAAAGACCACUUUGAAGAUGUUCUGCCACCUUGGAAAAUGUGUACUUGUGUCCAAAAUUUGACCUAAGCCCUCACAUUACUGUACCUGCCAAAAAAGGCAAGUGCCAUGCAGGUUUACAUAUAUCCCGAAAUCCAGGUGUUUUUUAAUCUAAAGAUGCACGUAGGUCAAUUUAGAAACUAGACUUUAUCAUUUAGAUCGGUUUAGAGGAACUUCUGUCAUGGGACGAAGAACAAUCCUGAGUUUUUCAGUCAUAAUUGGUACAUUUCAAAUCAAUGUCUAUUAUAAUCGUACAGUGCCUGUCAUCUCUAUUCAUUUUUGUAUAUUUCUUUGUAUUAUAUUUGCUUUCCCUGCACCCCCAGCCGCCUUGUAUCAAUAAGACUGUGUGCCCUUGCAUGACUGUUAAAAAGCUUUCUAUACAAAGAAAAUGGAAGUGCCACAUUGCUGGGGAUUCCGCUAUUGGACUCUCAGGUUUUUGUUAUAUCCUACCUUUUGUGGUCUCAUAUUUCCUAUAUAGAGUAUUAUCAGUUCAAAAAGGGAAAAAAAAGCAUUUUAUUUUGCUUGUACAUUUCAGUUGCACUUCUUUCAAAAUCCAGGUUUCUUUCAGUGUUUGAAGAAAAAAAUAUUAAUAAUCCAGAUUAUCUUUUUAGAUGAACUAGCUCAACCAGAACGUCAGGUUUAAUUCCAUGUGGAAAUUAGGAGCCUCUAGCCAUGGGAAUGCACCUUUUAUUAAUCCAUUUCAAUCACAAGAUACUGUCUGCUGGUGAAUGAAUAAUGUGGUGCGUCGAGACCCAGGCGAAAUGAAAGUCUACCUGGAACUGUAUGUGCUAUAAUACACACUUUUGUGCAAUUAGUGACAGCACUUGAACGUUUGCGAAAAUGGACGUCUAAGACAUUAAGUUAUUGAUACUGAUAUGCGCGCAUAUGUGCAUAGCUUCAGCAAGUGUCUCUUUCCCACACUGGCUUCCUCUUUGGUUUACUAACGCUACAUUUCUUUUGCGUAUAUGUAUCUGGCAAGACGCCUCCUAGUGGUGGUAUCAGAUGUUGGUUGAUCAAGGAGAGAAUGGGCAAUUCUCUUAUAUAAAUAAUGAAUAAAUAAA